AUAAAUAUAUACAUGCCAUAUUUAGCCUGGAGAGUGUUGGUAACCGGCUACCCGUACGUACUAGCUGAUUUGUCUGGCUGGAACAUUACUGUGGUAGCGCGAGAUUACACCUACACGUACCAACAUAGCCUUGAACAGAAAAUGUGAUAGACGAAGAGAUCAAUGGUCAAUAUGCCGAUCGACUUGCACACGCCGGAAUCUGAUACAGCGGGAGUCCAAGGGGACGUAAUAGUGAUUUUCAGUAUAUGGCAGUUUCUGAUCAUAGCGCUGACCCUCGGGGUUGGCGUUGUCGCCAUAGGACGGAUAGCGAGGGUUGGGUGUAAGAACAGUCCUACGAUAAUUGUCUUCCUUCUCUGUGGCUUCAUUCAUGAACUGUAUGCAAUAUAUAUACUGCAAACAGCAAAACACAUUGCCGAUACCGUAACGAUCCAAACUGAGGGUUGUGCUGACUUUUACUCCGUGUGCUUGGUUGCCAUGGUUGUGUCUCUGUUGGCAGUAGGUCUCUCAACCAUCAAGGAAACUUUUCACGUGCAACAGUCGAAUACAAUCCGUAAAAUUAUACUUAUAUAUACAGGGAUUGUUUUGCCGUCAGUAAUAAUCAUCAAAUCUGUAGGAUUUUCAAAACGCCGCGACCAAUUACCCUCAUUGCAGUUGAAGAGUGAACUAUUGUACGUGACUGUGUGUGAGCGUGAUCCCUACUCGGACGGCCUUGUUACCUUGUUAGAGUACGGUACCAUCUACAUCCCUUUUGUGUGCCUCCUCUUCUUCAUGUAUCGCUCACAAAAGGCAAAGAUGCUAGAUCAAGAAAUGAAGUUAUCGCAGUUGCAGUGUUUGUCACCCUGUCGGGAAGGCGAUGUGCGCUAUCUCUGCCGCACGUGCACUCGUAUAAACCCUGUGUUCGCCGUGACGCUUGUUUAUUAUAUAUUCUCUAUAAUGGUGGCGCGUCCAUUCUACAUCGGGUGCAGCAUGGUGCUGGGUACACAGUAUAAGGAUCUCCUCCCUAAUAUAACAAUUACGGCCCUUUAUGUGUUUGUCUCACUCUAUUGUGCGUUCGAUAUCCAACUUUUCCCGAAAAGGUCCCCGCCUGCUUCCUCGGACAGUGUCACGGAUAUCCUCAUCAAGCCCAACAACACACAAACCAGGGACCGAAAGCCGGAUACAAAAAGCUUUAUUGAUACACUGACUAUAUAAAAACGUAAUGCACAUGUAGAGAGUGGUCUACAGGUGACCCCGUCUGUAGCAUAUUUAUUUUUUAUGGUGGAAAUAAAAGGUUUAUAUUUUUA